CUGGUCGCACUCGUUCAACACUUCACCCAUCUACUCAUCACCCCAAAAACGAUCUAUUAUAAGCAGGUCAUACCACAUCCCAAUUUACCUGCAUUACACUCUGGCUCAAUCUGCCCAAGGAGAUAUGAACUUCGUGACCAUCACCUCUCAUCAUCCCGUCCGAUCCCACCCCCCUUGAUUGAUCCACGACGCCUGCCUGUUUAGCCUAUAUCAUGGCCCGCAAACUACCGUGGGCUGUCACAGAACGAGAAUCUUCCUCUAAAAGACGGCGGAUCGAGCAAUCAACCAAAAUGAAGCAAGACGAUCUUGGUCCUCCCGCAUCACCACAAGAUCAAGAUGUUGUCACACAGAAUCAUGACCGGGCAAGGUCCAUAACCAAGUCAGAUCGAGACAUCAAGCGGCCCCGCACACCUUCUACAUCGCCUGCAAGAGGACCGCCACCUCAAGAGUCAAUGCAUGAUGGAUUCCAAGCCGAUGACAUCUACAUGAUGGUCGAGGAUGAGUUUCAGACCGUCGCUCAGUCAUACACGGCGCACCUACACCAAGCUGAAUACAAAAGAUUGAUGAGAGAGGCACGGAACAAACCCUCGAAGCCUCUUCCGGAACCGGCCUCACCCAUGUCCAAAACGGCCAAGAAUAGGCUCAAAAGUGUCAUUCUGCAGAAGAAGCAGAAGGAUGCUCUGCGCCAGGUCAUGGGUACCGAUUUGCAAGACCAACAGGACGCGGAUGAUGUAGUUGAUUUGUGGUCAGGCACAAGUCUGGCUCAGUUUAUGUCAGGCAACAGUCAGGGGAAAACGUCGCUCAUUGGAUUAGAGCGAAUUUCAAGCACGACCAAGGCUGGAUCUGGUUUUGCGAGAACUGAUGCAAAUCAAUCCAGAUUGCAACAUGAGCCUAGGAAGCAGUCGACUACUUCGUCGGCAUUGUCCGUUACCCAUCGCCUAAAACAUGACCAGGAUUCUUCGCAUCCGCAUCCGAGUUCCUCACUUUCCGUCCCUGCUCAGCCCGGCGCAAGCACGUCCAGAAGCCACAGAACCAAUAGCAAGGACACCACCAAAACUUCAUUGUACCUAUCUAACGGAGAGGAUGAUCUCUUCAUCAACCGACAACAAAGUACUGAUGAGUCUAUCCGGGGCGGUCCAUCCCGCCUCAGUACACGUCUGAAUCGAGGAGAUGGCCGCAAAGCCCAAAAUGGCAGAUCGUCUAUCCAGGAGAAGGAAGCGGAUAGAAAGGCUCGACUUGCUCAGGUGCCAAUGUUUAUGAUAUGA